AGCUAGCUUCACUUCACGCCACCGCAGACUGACCUACGCUCCCAAGAUGGCCGGUGUACGAGCUGUUGGUGUUCUCUCCAGACUCACAUUAAGGAGAUAUAAGGUUUUCACAGGCCCAUCUUAUCGCUCCUUCUCAGUAUCUCCUGCCAUGCUAGCCCGAACACAUGUGAACUAUGAAGUCAAGGGAGACGUCGCUGUUGUACGGAUUAAUGACCCAAACUCAAAGGUCAACACACUGUCUAUUCAAAUGCAAAAAGAGAUGACAGAGGUGAUGAAUGAAGUGUGGGAAAACAAUGCCGUUAAAAGUGCUGUUCUUAUCUCAUCAAAGCCGGGAUGUUUCAUUGCAGGAGCUGAUAUCAAUAUGAUCCAGGGCUGCAAAACCUCAGAAGAGGUUACCAAACUUUCUCAGGAAGGACAGAAAAUGUUUGAGCAGGUUGAAAAAUCUCCAAAGCCCAUUGUCGCUGCCAUCAAUGGUUCUUGCUUAGGAGGAGGCUUAGAGUUUGCUAUUGCCUGCCAGUACAGAGUUGCAACAAAGAGCAAAAAAACAGUUCUCGGGACUCCAGAAGUGAUGCUGGGUCUUCUACCUGGAGCUGGUGGUACGCAAAGACUCCCCAAAAUGGUUGGCCUCCCCUCUGCUUUUGACAUGAUGCUGACAGGACGUAAUAUCCGAGCAGAUAAAGCCAAGAAGAUGGGGCUCGUUGACCAACUCGUAGAUCCUCUAGGACCAGGACUGAAGAGUCCAGAGGAAAGAACAAUAGAAUACCUUGAGGAAGUUGCCAUUGAGUGUGCCAAAGGGAUUGCCAACAAAAAGAUUUCUCUUCGCAAAGAAAAGGGUACAAUUCAGAAGAUUCAAGACUAUGUUAUGAGCUUCCCCUUUGUCCGGAAUCAGAUUUACAAAACGGUCCAUGGCAAAGUUAUGAAGCAGAGCAAAGGACUUUAUCCAGCACCCCUGAAAAUCAUUGAAUGUGUGAAAACUGGAGUUGAGCAAGGACCUGUUGCUGGAUACCUAGCGGAGUCUCAGAAUUUUGGUCAGUUGGCUAAAACUUCAGAAUCUGCAGCCCUGAUUGGUCUGUACCAUGGUCAGGUUGCAUGCAAGAAGAAUCGCUUUGGAACCCCCGAAAGAGAAGUGAAGACUCUUGCCAUCUUGGGAGCAGGUCUUAUGGGAGCAGGUAUUGCUCAGGUGAGCGUGGACAAAGGUGUGCAUACAAUCCUGAAAGACACCACAGUGGAAGGACUGGCGAGAGGCUCACAGCAGGUUUACAAAGGGCUCAAUGAUAAGACCAAAAAGAAGAGCAUUACAUCUUUUGAGAGAGACUCUAUACUGUCUAACCUGACUGGCCAGUUGGACUACAAGGGUUUUGAAAAGGCCGACAUGGUUAUUGAAGCUGUGUUUGAAGACAUAAACAUCAAGCAUAAAGUUGUGAAAGAGGUGGAAGCUGUGAUCCCCCCUAACUGCAUAUUUGCCAGCAACACAUCUGCUCUGCCCAUAAAGGACAUCGCAGCUGCCAGCAAAAGACCAGAAAAGGUGAUUGGGAUGCACUACUUCUCUCCAGUGGACAAGAUGCAGCUCCUUGAGAUUAUAACCACUGAUAAGACAUCAAAGGACACCACUGCCUCCGCUGUGGCAGUUGGCCUGAAGCAGGGAAAAGUCAUCAUAGUUGUUGGGGAUGGACCCGGAUUCUACACAACAAGAUGCCUGGCUCCCAUGUUGGCUGAGGCAGUGCGAUUACUUCAGGAAGGUGUUGACCCCAAGAAACUGGACGCACUCACCACAGGUUUUGGGUUCCCCGUGGGUUUGGCCACACUGGCUGAUGAAGUUGGCAUUGACGUUGCAGCCCAUGUGGCAGAAGACCUUGGGAAAGCUUUUGGCUCCCGCUUUGGUGGUGGAAAUGUGGAGGUUUUGAAGACUAUGGUGGACCUGGGAUUCAAGGGCCGCAAAUCAGGAAAGGGUUGCUACGUCUACCAGCCAGGAACUAAAGUCAGAGAUGUGAACCCGGAUAUUGGAGACAUUCUUGAGAAAUAUAAGUUGACACCAAACCCCUCUGUUUCAUCAGACUCUGAAGUGCAGUACAGACUUGUCUCUCGAUUUGUCAACGAAGCUGUGAUGUGUUUGCAAGAAGGUAUUUUGAACAACCCCUUGGAAGGAGACAUCGGAGCAGUGUUUGGUCUUGGAUUCCCCCCCUGCCUUGGAGGACCUUUCCGUUUUGUGGACAGCUUUGGUGCUGACAAACUGGUGAACAAGAUGAGGCAAUACGAGGCCGUCUACGGGAAUCAGUUUGCACCAUGCCAGCUUCUACUGGACCAUGCAAAAGAUUCCAGCAAGAAAUUUCACAAGUGACCGAAUCACCAUGCUGUGCCAGUAGCUCAUAGUAAAAACUCCAGCCUGCCAUUUGAAUGUGCCUAACAUUUAUAUCGGUAUAGGGGGGGAAACGCACUGAGUGUAAACCUUGACCUAACCUUAAGUAAUGCUGUUUAAUGUAAUAGUCCUACAGUAAAUUCUGCCUUCAUGAAAUUUGUAAUGUUCUGUUUUUUUAAUGUUGUUUUAAAGUGGUGUAGAUCUAAUUUUGUGAUUAUUUGACAGGAUGCAAUCUGAGAUGUGUUGAAUUCUUUCCCACGGUUAAGGUUUAUUUUUCUUAUUUAAACUCACUAGUUUAAAAAAAACAAUGUGUGCACAAAAGCAUCCCAAAUGAUCAUAAAGCACAAUCAAUACCUCUUUAAAACUGUCAGAAAAACUGGAACAUUUCCAUCUUCAUGGAGAUCAGACUGCAUUGGUUUUUGUUAGGUCUAUCUAAUAAACUGGCAAUGGAUGAUCUAAAAUUGAAGUUGUUUUUUAUCAUUAACAAAAAAAAUUGCAUAGGUGUGUUAGGGGCUAAUUAUUUACACAUUGCAUAUGUAAAAACACUGUAGAUGUAAAAUAAACUGCUCCAAAUGGUAACAAUGAAAUUCCUCUAUAAUGAAUGUCUACAAGUAUGUUUCAGCGAAUGCCUUUUCAUUCUUUUUUCUACGUGGAAGAUUUUCUGGUUUGGUCUGGACAAUGUGAUGUGAAAUAAAA